AUGAUAUUUCUCACUCUUCCCCCAAUUUCGAGGGGUCCCCGAAGCACUGCCAUUAUAUUUUAUUUAAAUUUUCAGACCUCAGUUGAACACUGGCUAUCGAAUACAACGAACCAUACUUUCCGCUGCUGUUGCUUUCCUGCUGAAUGCCAGAUACGUAUCACUUAGUUAAGUUAUAUAAGUUAGUCAGUUAUAUAAGGUAGUCAGUCAUAUAAUCACAUUCCAUUUGUGCGUUUACUGCGCACUUUGACGUCUAUAACUUUUCACUUUCCAAGAGUCUUUUUACUAGUCAGAAAUCGAGUUGUUCAUAUUAAAAGAACAACUGGAAGUCAAUUAAAUAAAAUUAUUCUUCAAAUGUGAUGUCUUAAACGUGAUUAACUAAAAUCUCGUUAGUUUCAGAAAAAACCUGGCAAUUUAAGCUCAAACCAAUCCUCUUUUUACGAUUCGUUUCAAUCGGUUUUUAUGAAGGCUAUAGAAAAAAAACAACAACAUCGGAGUGGCAAUUCUUUCAAUGGAAAGCUAUCGCCAGUUAGUGGCUUUAGAGCCCAUCAAGACACGCCUCUACUGCUGGCGUUAUAGCUUCACGAAAACUACCAAAAUAAAGUCGUGAGCGUAAUGGGCAAGUUAGUUAGCAGUUCCAGCAUCAAGAUGGUCGUAUCGAGUGAAACUCGAGCGGGAAUUUUAGAACAGUUUAAACGAAACAUCGCCGAUUGCCAACUGGUUGAUGAUAAUGAUGAUUACGUCAUUAAAUGGCUUGUUGUUCGUAAUUUCGACCUAGUUCAAGCGGAAAAAAUGCUAAGACGCUCUGUUGAAUGGAGAAGAGCUAACGGCGUUGAUGAGAUACUCCACCAAUGGUCUCCACCGUUGGUCCUAGUCAAGUAUUAUCCUAUGAGCGUAAUCGGCAAUGAUAAAUUUUCUUGUCCUGUUUUGAUCGCGUCAUUUGGAAAAGCUGAUUGGAGGGGGAUAUUGCAAUCGGUCACCAAACGAGAUUAUUUGCGGUACGUCAUCUACAUGGCGGAAAAAAAUUACGCAACAAUGAGGAAGACUUCGUUGCUGACUGGGAAAUCCAUCGCCCAUCAGACAUUUAUUAUCGACCUGGAUGGAUUUUCCAUGAGACAAAGGACUUAUAGGCCAUUCAGGGAAAUUGGCAUUGAAGGGAUCAAAAUGUCCGAGGCAAAUUAUCCUGAAAGUUUUCGUCGUGUAUUCAUAAUCAACGCACCCAAGGUCUUCACGUUCGUCUUUUCUAUGGUGAAACCAUUUUUGCAUCAGGUGACAUUGGAUAAAAUCAGCGUCUUUGGUUUCGAUAAAAAUGAAUGGAGUGCUGCUUUGUUGAAAGAAAUCGAUGCAGAUCAACUUCCAGUUUAUUACGGUGGCACUAUGACGGACCCCGAUGGAGACCCAAAAUGUUCCAGCAAACUGUGCAUGGGAGGACAAGUUCCGCAAUCUUAUUAUCUCAAAGUUAUGAAACCCAUCCCGAAGAGUUACAUGACGUCACUGACGUUGUCCGGAGGCAGUAAAACGAAGCUUGAAUACAAAAUAAUUCAAGCCAAUUCAAUGCUCAAGUGGGAAUUUAUGACGCAAGAAGGUGACAUUGACUUUGGUAUCCAUUACAUGGAGAAAAACGGUGAGAGGGUAGAUCUAGUCAACAACAAAAGAAAUGAAAAUAAUUUCACAUUGGAAGAAGGUGAAAUUGUUUGCACUCGGCCAGUCCUCUAUGUGGUGGAAUUUAACAGCUACAAUUGCCUACGUUCUAAGGAAAUUUGGUACCGCAUCAUCAUCGAUUUUCCCUGAGCUUUACGAGAAAUCGAUCUAGAACAAGAAUGAAAUUGAAAUCAUGUAGAAAUGUUAAUUACCUCAGUUAAAUCUAUUUUAUGUAACUCAAUUAUCCCGUCAAUUACGUAACUCCAUCAUUUCAAUUACACGAUAUGAUGGAAAAUGGCACUCCUUUCAGUAAAAAAAAACGAUAUGAUUUUCUAGAACAUGUUAAUUGUAAACACGUUUAAUUAUAUCUACCUGGAUUUAGAUUAUCUCGAAAUACACAUAUUUUCUGUUCGA